AUGGGAUUCCGUUAUUCAACUUAUAUUGAUUCAGAUGGAGUCACAGCUUUUACUUAUGGCUGUGGAGGUUGUAGAACACAUUUAUCAAGCUCUAAUUUAAUCUUAUCAAGAGAUUAUAGAGGUCGUACAGGUGAUGCUUAUUUAAUGGAUAAAGUUGUUAAUAUAGUUCAAGGUUCAAAGCAAAUUCGUCAAAUGAUUACUGGUGCUUAUCUUGUUAGUGAUAUUCGUUGUCAUCAAUGUAAAAAUUUGGUUGGUUGGAAAUAUCAUCAUACUGAUUCUCGUGAUCAAAAAUAUAAAGAAGGUAAAUAUAUCUUGGAAUUACAAACUAUUGUUAAAUGUAAUUCUAAACAAAAACAAAAGAUGAUGUAUUAA